GAUAAAGAUAACAGACGUUCAACGUCUGGUUAUGCUUUUACAUUGAGUCAUGGAGAAAUUGUCAAUACGAUUGAUUGGCGAGCCAAGCAACAAGAGGUGGUGGCCCUGUCGUCUGCUGAAUCGGAGCUAAUAUCUGCUUGUUCAGCGACACAAAGUGCACUUUAUAUUCGUCAACUACUUAUGGACCUCGGAUUAAAGCAAGAUGAGCCUACUCUGAUUAUGGAAGAUAAUCAAGCUUGCAUUGCGAUGGGGAAUAAUCCGAUUACGCAUAAGAGGACGAAGCACAUAGAUGUACGUUUUCAGUAAAGUAUUCAAGAAUAAACAAACAAAACAAUCCCUAAGGGAAAA